AUGGAGCCUAACCCAGGGGUGCCCUCGGCGGGCAUUGGAGCCACGCCCACACUGGUGGAGAAUGCGGGCACGCCCCUUGGGGCGGGGCCUGGACCCGCGGCUCCAGAUAAUUGGAUGGUGUGGUUUACGGAGCAACAGAGAGUUUUGUUGCAACAAGUAUCCGCUCACCAGUUGCAAAUAUUGGAUCAAUUGUAUGCGGCGCAGCAAGCAGCCCAAACCCGAAUGAUGAAUCAAAUUGCAGAAAUGUUACGGACCCCAAGGGGAGGAGCGGCCCCAACAGGGGCCGGGUCCUGGGCAGAAGCUAAUCCCUGGAAGUUAACAAAAAUGGGGCCCCAGGAUGAUGCGGAGGCUUUUAUCAACACCUUUGAGCGUAUCGCUACAGCCGCCAAGUGGCCUCGGGACCAGUGGGCCCUGCUACUUGCUCCCUGCUUGACAGGCCCUGCUCAGGAAGCGGUAGACACACUCCCUCCAACAGACGCCAAAGACUAUGAUAGAGUCAAAGAGGUGAUACUACAUACUUUAAACAUUUCGGAAGAUACUUAUAGGAGGAGACUACGGGAGCUAAGAUGGGCCCCAGGCCUGCACCCCCGCACCUUAGGCCAGAAGGUGAAGGCAAAUGCCCUUCGUUGGCUAAAGCCUGCAGUACGUUCUGCUACCGAGGUGGCUGAGCAGAUAAUGAUUGAACAAUAUGUGAUGGCGCUUCCCUCAUCAGCGCGCAACUGGGUGAGAUGCCAUCGGCCACAAGCUCUGGACGAAGCUAUGCUCUUAAUGGAAGCAUUUGCCACGGCGGAGGAGAGCGAGUUUGGCCGGAGUAGGAGGCCCGUAGAUGGAGUAGGGGUAAAGGGGAUGCGCCCAGCUCCGGAUGUCGGGCUCAAGUCAAAGGGCCAUGGGGCUGAAACUCACGAGGACAAGAAAAGCGGUCGAGGAGGAGAAGGACUAAGCAAGCCCGCCUUGGCUCCCGCCUUCAGGGAAAGGGUGCAAAAGCCUUUGACCUGUUUUUCCUGCGGCCUGGAGGGCCACCUGAGACGGGACUGCCCCAUGAUGGAAUGCUCCUGGGCCGAUACCUGGGAAGCAGCGCAGGCUUGGAGAGAAAGAGAGGCCUUGUGGGCUGAGGAGACAGAGGAGGAAGGUUCAGAGCCGGACGAGGAUCUAGGUGCCGGGUGGGAGGACGCCGGGACUCAUCAGGAGUUACCCGUGAUGACUCCCCUGAGCUCACACCAACAACAGCAGGGACCAUGGAUGCUCGAUCGCCCGUCAACCCUCUUAACAGGGGGGUCAUGUAAAGAGAAGAGGGAAGAGGGUCGGGUUGAGCGGGCGAGAGGAGGGCUUCAGGACCCAGGGGAGAGGGAAGACAGACCGGGAAAGGAGGAAGACCAGCUGGAUCCAAGAAGGGAAUCAGAGACCCCACCUUGGGGGUGGGAAGGAGCCACUGGAGGGUUAAUAAGGAGAAAGGGAGAGGCGAAAGGGGGGGCGGAGAUUUGGCGGAAGAUGGAGACGCGGAGAGAGGGACGGAGAAGGGAAAGCUGA